UAUAUUUUUGUAAGGGCCACCCUUUAACUCAGCAGCCUAAUGAUUAUAAUGGGCCCAAUUGUCUGUGGGCUGCAGAGAGCUGAGUCCCCACAUCGGAGGAGGCUGGGGCCAGUCUCUGAUGUCCAGGAGCGGCCGUUAUGGAACACGGGAAUUACAUCAAAGCGGAGGGCAGAACCACGGCUGCUUUUCUCUGGGCUGUGUGCCCAAAUCCUGCCGCCGUGUGGCACUGGAGCGAUUGUAGGACCAACAUUUCAACAUUCCCCAGAGCAGCAGCGUGCAGGGUCAAAGACAGCCGGCCUCCCAUGUCAGUGGUCUAGGAUGGCCAGUGAAGCCACCAACAUCCCAAGUCCUGUCGUGCGCCAGAUUGACAAGCAGUUUCUGAUCUGCAGUAUAUGCCUGGAACGGUACAAGAAUCCCAAGGUUCUCCCCUGUCUGCACACUUUCUGCGAGAGGUGCCUGCAGAACUACAUUCCCGCCCACAGCCUCACCCUUUCCUGCCCUGUGUGCCGCCAGACCUCCAUCCUGCCUGAGAAGGGGGUGGCCGCGCUCCAGAAUAACUUUUUCAUCACGAACCUGAUGGACGUGCUGCAGCGAACGCCGGGCAACAACGCUGAGGAGUCCUCCAUCCUGGAGACAGUCACCGCGGUGGCUGCGGGAAAGCCUCUCUCUUGCCCAAACCACGAUGGGAAUGUGAUGGACUUUUACUGCCAGUCUUGCGAGACCGCCAUGUGUCGGGAGUGCACUGAGGGGGAGCAUGCGGAACACCCCACAGUCCCCCUCAAGGACGUGGUGGAGCAGCACAAGGCCUCACUCCAGGUCCAGCUGGAUGCCGUCAACAAAAGGCUCCCAGAAAUAGAUUCUGCCCUUCAGUUCAUCUCAGAAAUCAUUCAUCAGUUAACCAACCAAAAGACCAGCAUUGUGGAUGACAUCCAUUCUACCUUUGAUGAGCUCCAGAAGACUCUGAACGUGCGCAAAAGUGUGCUGCUUAUGGAACUGGAAGUCAACUAUGGCCUCAAACAUAAAGUCCUUCAGUCGCAGCUGGACACUCUGCUCGAGGGGCAGGAGAGUAUAAAGAGCUGCAGCAACUUCACGGCGCAGGCCCUCAACCAUGGCACGGAGACGGAGGUGCUGCUCGUGAAGAAGCAGAUGAGCGAGAAGCUGAACGAACUGGCCGACCAGGACUUCCCGCUGCACCCGCGUGAAAACGAUCAGCUGGAUUUUAUCGUGGAGACCGAGGGGCUCAAGAAGUCCAUCCACAACCUCGGGACGAUUUUAACCACCAACGCCGUCGCCUCCGAGACGGUGGCCACGGGCGAGGGUUUGCGGCAGACCAUCAUCGGGCAGCCCAUGUCCGUCACCAUAACGACCAAGGACAAAGACGGCGAGCUGUGCAAGACGGGCAACGCCUACAUCACCGCCGAGCUGAGCACGCCCGACGGCAGCGUGGCGGACGGGGAGAUCCUCGACAACAAGAACGGCACCUACGAGUUUUUGUACACCGUCCAGAAGGAAGGGGACUUCACCCUGUCGCUGCGGCUCUAUGACCAGCACAUCCGAGGCAGCCCGUUCAAGCUGAAAGUGAUCCGGUCGGCCGACGUGUCUCCCACCACCGAGGGCGUGAAGAGGCGCGUGAAAUCCCCGGGGAGCGGCCAUGUAAAGCAGAAGGCGGUGAAGAGACCCGCCAGCAUGUACAGCACUGGGAAGCGAAAAGAGAAUCCCAUCGAAGACGAUCUGAUCUUCCGAGUGGGUACCAAAGGAAGAAAUAAAGGAGAAUUUACAAAUCUCCAAGGGGUAGCUGCGUCUACAAGUGGAAAGAUACUAAUUGCAGAUAGCAACAACCAAUGUGUACAGAUAUUUUCCAAUGACGGCCAGUUCAAAAGUCGGUUUGGCAUACGAGGGCGCUCUCCUGGGCAGCUGCAGCGGCCCACAGGAGUGGCUGUGCAUCCCAGCGGGGACAUAAUCAUCGCAGACUAUGAUAAUAAGUGGGUUAGCAUUUUCUCUUCUGAUGGCAAGUUUAAGACAAAAAUUGGAUCCGGAAAGUUGAUGGGGCCCAAGGGAGUCUCUGUGGACCGCAACGGGCACAUCAUCGUGGUGGACAACAAGGCGUGCUGCGUGUUUAUCUUCCAGCCAAAUGGGAAGAUAGUCACCAGGUUUGGUAGCCGAGGAAAUGGGGACAGGCAGUUUGCAGGUCCCCAUUUUGCAGCUGUAAAUAGCAAUAAUGAGAUUAUUGUUACGGAUUUCCAUAAUCAUUCUGUCAAGGUGUUUAAUCAGGAGGGAGAAUUCAUGUUGAAGUUCGGUUCAAAUGGAGAAGGAAACGGGCAGUUUAAUGCUCCAACAGGUGUAGCAGUGGAUUCAAAUGGAAACAUCAUUGUGGCGGACUGGGGAAACAGCCGGAUCCAGGUUUUUGAUGGAAGCGGAUCAUUUUUGUCCUAUAUUAACACAUCUGCUGACCCACUCUACGGCCCCCAAGGCCUGGCUCUGACUUCAGAUGGCCAUGUCGUAGUUGCAGACUCUGGAAACCACUGUUUCAAGGUGUACCGGUACUUACAGUGAUGACGGGCAGCCGGACAGCCCCUUACAAAGGUCUUGCACUAUAAACUGGAAUGGAUUUCUUGACGCGGGACCAGAUUACACUAGACUUUCCUUGCUAGAAGGAAUCAUUGGUGAACUUUUCAAGGUUAUUUCUGAAUGUAACUAUUUCUUUAAAAACUGCAUAUCUGAUUUCUGUAUUCACUUUUUAGGGUUUAAAGAAAAGAAAUCCCUUCUACUGAAUCUAUGGAAACGGCAAAGUUUUACACCUGUGAACUAUGGCUUAUUGGACAGGGAUUUAUGUAGUUGAACUGAUUUUGCGAAUCGAACAGACACUAAAACAUAAAACAAAAAAACCUGGACUAUUUAAAGGUAUUCAUUAAUCCUGUGAAUGGUAGCUUUUGUGCAGAGCUUCCAAAAACAACAAAAUGAAAACAAAAUCUGUUGUAGUUACAUACUUUAUUUAACUUCGGUUACAAGACCCGGGGGAUCUUCUAACUUCCCUUUUACAGUAGGUAUUACUCCUGUGACAUUUUUUGGGUUAUCGAUAAUUACACACACAUUAGGAAAAAAACAAGACUGUCUUGCAGAAUCCUCCCAGCUGUGAUUAGGCAGUCCUCUUGAGUUUAGCACUUAAAAACCACUGCAAAUUUCCCAUCCUUUUUGGGUUAGAUCCAAGAUCCUUUUUGUGUGUUAUUUUCACCUUUUUCUCCCACUCACCUUGUAUUAAAAAACAAAGUCCAUUUUCAGGGAAACCUGAAAUUCCCAAUGCUUUGAAAAGCAUAUUACAAUGGCAAAUGCUACCUUUUCGUAAACAGACACCCCCUCAACUCCAGACUAAUGCACUAGAAUGUAAUCAAGAAAAAAUUAGCCACGUUUUAUGUGCCAGUGUUCUCACGUGUCUCUCCUCUUCCACUUCCUGAAAGCGAAAGCUUUACCUCCUGCAAAAUGUCAGCACAUGUAGUAGGACACCAGUAUCCUAGGACAGAGAGCCAUAAGUAGCCCUUUGGAGGACUGUUGGUGUCGACCAAAGGCAUGUGAAUGAUUAAUGGUUUCCCCUUAGAAAGCAAGUGUUACCAAAGUUGUGUUAUCCCAAGAGCAUUACAGGUAAGGGCAUGUUAUGGUUAUUUAUCAUUGUCUAAUGAAUAGUAGAGGCAUUAAAGGACUAUGUAUACAUGAUUAGGGUAAGGUAGAAUGUAUCAUAUAUAUAUAUAUACACACACACAUAUAUACACACACACACAUACAUACAUACACACACACACACACAUAUAUAUAUAUGUGUAUAUAUAUAUAUGGCUGAAUCUUUGGUGUAUUGAAAUAGGCAGCACUCUGAAAGACAGAAGCAUUGUCCAGCACAUUCCUUUACUGGGCAAUUGAAAGCCGUCCUCAUAGAGUAAGCCUGAAAACAGGUUUAAUUUUCACCAUUUUCCAGGAAUGAUGAUACCGGCUAACUUUUAUAGCCAGAAAACAGCCUUCUGUGCUUUCAAAAACAAAACAAAACAAAACCAGGUCGAAAGAAAAAGAAACGAUGAAUUGAGUUACAUUUAAGUAUACAUGCAUUUGGAGAGAUGUGAAGAAUUUAGUCAGUUGUUAAUCUGUCACUGAUACUGUAACAUAAGAUGUGGUCUGUUUCCACUGUUUAAUUUUCUACUCAGUUCUACCAAAUAGGAUGUCAUGUUUGGCAUUUUCGAAAUGACUUUGGAAUCUUUUUCACUGAAAGCACCUUAGAACUGUACUAUAAGAAAACAUUUCCCAUAUGUAUAAUGACGUGAUGUUUAUUACUUAUUAAUUUAUAAUUCAGUCUUUCUCUUAAUAUAGGACUUUUUUAAAGUUAGAAGGGAAAACUAGCUACUUCCAGUUGUCUAUCAAAUUUAUUAUGCCCAAAUCAACCUCUAAAAGAAAAUUUUUCAGGAAGAUUUACAUUUAGGUUUACUUUUUUUUUUUUUUUUUUUUUUUUUUUUUUUUAGUUAGAGCUUUCAAAAUAUUUGAGACUAUGACAAAAUUACAAAAUUCAAUUACAUUUUUAGACUAUUAAACUAAGAUACUGUUUCCUAACAUCAGCAAACUAAGUCCUUGAAUUGAAACAAAGCAUUUUGUAUUUACUGAGUGCUUCCUAGGUGCUGGGCACCCUUCUGGGCACUGAGGGGGAAACAGAGAUGGAUGAAACCAACAGAAAUCCCUGCCCAUUUGGAGCUUCCACUCUAGGGAGGAAUUUCCUUUUGCCACUUACUAACAUUCUGCAUUCAAGAUAAGCUAGACUCUUGAUAGCUCCUAGACUGUUUAAAACUUUUUAUAUUGGUUCAAUUAAUUUUGGUUUAUUUUCACAAGUAAAAAUGGCUUCUUAUUUAGAUUCUGUCACAGGUUGUUGGUCUUAAGACUAGUUUACUUUAAAAAAGAUGUUUGUUUGUUUGUUUGUUUUCACAGCAUUGAAAUUGUAUUUGUGAAUUUAGAAAUUAACCAGCCAUCAUACCAGAACAGGUUGGCUAUCUCAAUAACAGAUUGAAUACAAGACUAAUUGUUUUUUUUUAAUCUGUCAAUAUUGACACAAACUGGAAUGGAAGACUAGAUACUUUGAUUCAGACCUUUUCCAUCAUCUGUUGCUAAAACAUUUGUGAUGGGCACUCCAAGAAACACUGACUUUUUUCCCCCCCCAAAAUAUGUAAUUGUAUAUGUUAAAGUAUAGAUAACAUUUCACAUUUGGAUACAUAGCAUUUACUGUAUUCCUUAGUAAGCAUAUUGGGUGGAGGGAAGUGCUGAUAAGAUACAAAUAGACAAGAUUUAAAUGAAAUUUUGUCAACAUUCUAUGGAAAAGGGUUUCUGGUAAACUGAGAAGGAUUUUAAAAUAAGUGACUUUUUUCCCUGAGCUAUCAUUAUUGUUUGCUUUCUCUUUGUCAAGUGUGCAGAACCUGUCAUACGUUCAUGAUAAGUAGCACUGAAAAACUACCCAUUCAAAUGCCCCCUGGGCACUUAACGGCAAAAGAUUGCCAGUUCGAGAAUGUAAAGGUCAGUGACCACAUUCCUGCCCGAUACAGACCUCCCCUGCGGGCCUCUGGGGAUGUAGUCACUUGACCAUCCAGAAAACACGUGAAUAAAAAGCCUUUAUGACUGUUCCCCAUUGAUUUAAUGGUACUUAGUAUUUCGAUCAAACUUUUGUCUCCAGUAACAAAACAAGUCCCCGAGUUUCCUUAUUUUCAUUUAUUCUUUGACUAGAUUUGAGACAAAGAAAUACUACAGGUCAUGCAACUAGAAGACACUUGCUUCUACAACCAAAUAUACAGGGUAUGUCCUUACUUGGAGUUAACUGGAAUAGUAGUACAGAAGCAAGUGUCUCUGGAUCCUUCCCAGGGAAGGAUUCACGUAAAUGCUUUGGUAAUACCUACUGAGGAAUUGGAGGAAAUAGUAAACACUAGGUACUGUGCAGAUCACUUCAAACGGGAAAUACCUUUUUGUACAUUAGGACUCUAUAGUAUCCCCCCUAUUCACCAGCUUCUGAAGAGGGAGGAGUAUUUUUAGUUUAAUAAUCUAAAAAGAGGACCUUUCCAGGUAGGAUAAUUUGAAGCUCUUUGCUGCAAAACAUCAUCUAAUUUGCUUAAAGUUGAACGUCGUAAUACUGUUGCAUUCUGUCAAUGUUGCAGGGUUUUAAACUUUACAAUUAUUUUAAUAUUUUUGAUAACUAGGAAUCUAGUAUUGCCAUAAAGAAAACUAAGUGCCCAUUAAAGAUUUGUUUGAUAUAAAUAAAUGAUUUUUGUUUUGUUUUGUUUUAAAUGACAGUAAGCUACAAAUCAUGAUGUUAAUCUUAAAACGUUCUGAAGAUGAACUGUGUGGCAGUGAUUGUGUGGUCUGUUUGUGGAGAAUGUAUGAGAGCUAUUCAUAUUCUAAAAUAGAUUACUAAAUCAGCUAUGUUGUCCCAAUGAAUGUACAGCACGUCCAUUAACUUUCGAAAGCAACACAGCCUUAAACUCAAUGCUUUUGCUUUAUGACAUGGGAAUGUUCUGUCAUCAACAGAGUGUAUUCUUGUAAUAGAAUUCUUUAUAUCAUUCUCAAUUCUAUUGCCUUUCAGUCCUAUGUAUGAGUAUUAAGGGUUUUUGCUUUGUUUUUUUUUUUUCUUUUUAAAUUUUGUACAUUCCAUCUUUCUAGGUCUGUUGCAUACGUUUUGUGUAUAGAACACUAAGUCUUGCACUCUCUGGCAUUGAUACUGAUAUAAUCUUAUUUGUUCUUUUAUGAAUCGAAAUGCUGACUGCCUAUUUAAAGAAAAGAAUGAACGCUGUGCAUCAAAGUGUUUGUAUGUUCGUAGCUGCAUACGUACCACAGUAUUUUGGAUGCUUUAGUCUACAAUAAAACUUUAAAUUAAUUCUGUCUUAAAACCUAGGAGAAACAAGAUUCGUGUGUAUAUCUUUACCAUGCACAAAAUCUCAAAUCAUUAUAAUAAAGCUUGUUUUCUCCGUU